GGGACUGUCACGUUCAAGUCACCGUGCCCCAAAUUCCCAGCCAGCCUCUGCAGGAGGGGAAAAAAAAAGCAAGAGGCGCCUUCUUCCACCCCUUCCCGCAGCAGGAUUUGAAUAACCAGGUGUGAGCAUCUGCCUCCCUCGUUAAUGCGUUUGAUAAUUGACCAAGCGCUCAUUCCUGCGGGAGGGCGGCGUGCCCAGGCGCAGCGUCCUGCCAGGAGGAGCCCCGCUCCGCUGCUCCUCCGCACCCCGAGAACCUGCGGCCCUGCCUGCCGCCAUGCCUGCCCACUGCCUCCUCUUCCUCCUCCUGGGACUGCUCCUGCUGCCGGAGCCUGCCUGCUGCCAGGAAGCCCGGGGCAGACUCCAGCCGUGGUCACAGGGUGUCAUUGCAGUGGUUGUGUUUCUAGUCCUGGUGGCCAUUGUUUUUGUGGUCAACAGGUUCUGGUGUAAGAAGAAAGUGGAAAAUGCUGAGACAGUGGUGAGUGUUGAGGAGAAGCCGGAGGCUGUCAUGUCCAACGGCCACGAAGGGAAAUACCUAAGUUCUGCAGCUGACUUCAGGUCCAAAGAGAACCAGCAUGCCUAUGAGAACACCCUGGAGCCUGAGGAGAAGGUGAUCACCACGGCCAUGUAGCAGAGGCCCUGGCUGGCUGCCCUCCUUCCUCCUCUCACUUCCUGCUGUGGCAAUGGGCACUGGCACCCGCUGUGUGCAGCAGCUCCCCAGUCUCUCCAUGGCACCAUCAUCUCCUGAUCUUUUCCCUUCCCACCUCUGGAAUGUGCUCUUCUGCCUCAGGAGCUGGAAUCCAUGUGGGUAUUGGCCCCCAGGAGAGGUCUAGAGGUGCCACCUCUCCUAUCCAGCCAGUCACCCCAUCUGGUUGGUGAGGUUGAUGUCCCUGUUUCCAGUGGGGUGCUGACCUGCUCCAGAAAUGCAAGAGUCCUUACUGAAUGCCUGGGACUUCCCUGCACCCCCAGCCACCCUCUGAGAAGCUGCUAAUGGAAACCCCACUUCUUUCUCCCCGUUUCACCCUCCUUUUUGUGACCUACACCAUGCAUUUUAAUGUCAGAACAAACCUUCUCCCCUGUAUAUA